AUGCCGAACGACGUGCCGCCGCAGCCCAUCCACAGCGCAAAGGACGCCCUGGAUGCCCUAGCGGGCAUCCUUGGCGGCGCGCUCCCGGGCUCCAUCGCCACGGCCGACGACCCCGCCGAUACGCUCCUCAACGACCCCGACGUCGCGAGCGCCGUGACGGGGCGCCUCCGCGGGGCUGGGUCGGGCGCCGGGAACGACACCCUCUGCCGCUGGCUCUACGACGCGUUCCGCGCCAACGUCCCCGAGCUCCAGCUCGCGGUGCUGCGCUUCGUGCCCACGCUGGCGGGGGUGUACAUGUGCCGCGCCGUGUCCCGGAAGCCGCUGGCCGGGUUCGAGGCCGUGCUCCUCGCGCUAUACGCGCACGCCGUGGCGCAGCGCGGCGGCGCCGGCGAGGCCGAGACCGUGUCGCUCCCGAACCUAGCGAACCCGAGCCCAUACCACGACGCCAAGGUGCCGCCCAAGGCCAAGCCCGCCGAGCUCGACGUCGCGGUGCUCUCCCCGCCGCUCGAGCCGCACGGCACCAUGCGCGCCACGCGGCGCGCCCGUAUUGUCGGUGCCGUCCUCGAGCUUUACCAUGGCAAGCUCUCACGCAUGCCGCUCUCCUCCAAGAUGGACUUCUGCGAGUUCUGCGUCGCCUGGGCGGGGACGCACAACAAGGCGGACGACGACGACAAGCCGCGUCUCCCGCCGGCCACAGACGCCGUCACCGGCGCGGAGAAAUGGCGGCGUGUGCCGCUGCCGUGGGAGCUCUUCCAGCCGGUGGUGCGGAUCGUGGCGCAUUGCCUACUGGGCCCAUCGCGCUCCGAUGAGCUGAAGGCGCAGGCCGCCCGCGCGGCGGAGUGCCUGUACUGGAGGGCCACCGAGACGAUGGAUGCGCCCGCGUUGCUGGCCACCAGGAGCCUUAUGAGGCUGUCGCAAAUGGUGGAGGAGCCAAUCCCGGAGCCGUCUUUCUCUGGCGCCAUCGAGAACAUGGCGGAGCUGGAGGCCAUGAGGGCCAACAUCCUUAACACGAAGAACUAG